AUGUACAGAAUAGCAAUUCGACGUUUUGGUGUGGCUUCAGUCUUACGAUGUCCCCUUGCAGAUGUAUUAAUACCCAAAACCCCAACAGUGGCUGUGUGGAGUUGCGUGACUGUUCACACCCUGCGAUGGAAGUCAUCCAACACAACUAUUAUUCUCCCAUCCCGUGGUGCUGCCUCUUCUGUGAGCAGUAAAAGUGGUGGUACUUCAAGUUGUUUGACAGUUGGAGGCGCCGUGCCUCCCGCCGCCGUCGGUACAUCCGCUCAUCCUGGAGGUAAUGGCAUUAACCCCGGCACGAAGAGUGCAGCCCUGUUGAGUGCAUCAGGUACGAGUAACGGCGGUGGUGCGUCAGGUAAAAGCUCAGGGAUGACUACAGCAGUGGAAAUAGGGCAGGGAUCGAAUCGGGGAAGGUCAGCAAGAAAAGGAAAAGAAGAUGUGAUUGGGCUGAAGAAAGUAAAAGCUUCCUCUUCCAAGUCAGUGGUGAAUAGAUCCGGUGCAUCGACCACGAACACAGCAACAGCAAUGUCAACGGGCUCUUCAUCCGCUAAUGGUUCCCACUGCACAAAAUCGGCGACUGGGAUGGUGGUAUCUCAAACUCUAGGCAGGAGAAGGGCGAGCGUAAAGAAGCAAUUGCGCGUAUGUGUCCUCAACAGCAGCUACGAAGGGACCAAUUCUGUCACUGCGGAAAUGGACAAUUACCACUGCAGCCCCGCUCACAGGGUGCGGAAGGACAAGAACAGGUACUCCUUCACGGAAGUUGCUGUGCGUAAAGAUGAUGCCUAUCGUCAGGUGCGAGAAUUGGUAACCUCAAACAACUUCGACGUUUUCUUUAACCUUUGUGACGGUGGUAAAGAUGAGAAGCGUGCUGGUAUCGACGUAUUAGAGGCACUGGAGGAGCACAACGCAGCAUUUACGGGCACAGACUCGCGCAGUUUUGAACCCAGCAAGAUUGAUAUGAAAGUGCUUGUUGCCGGGGCCGGUGUGAAUACACCUAACUUUGUGCUUUUGGAUAAAACGGAAGGUUUGGCGAAGAAAUGUCGUCAUCUGCGGUUCCCUGUCAUCGUGAAACAUCUUUCCGGUUACGCUUCUGUUGGCAUUAACAAGGAUAACCGUUGUGACACUCUGGACGAGUUGAAAGUGAAGGUUGGAACAUUUCUGAAAGAGUUCAAUCACGCUCUGGUGGAGGAGUUUAUUCGAGGACGUGAGGGCACCGUUCUCGCAUGUGCCGACAGCGGGAGUCCGCAUGGCGUCAAGGUGUUCAGGCCUUUAAUGUUUAACUUUUUGCAAAAUGAAGAUGACUUUGCCUAUUUUGACAAGAAGUGGUCCAUGGAAUGCAACGAUGAGGCAUGCAGUUUUCUUCCUCAUAAUGACCCGGCCUACCCACGGAUUAUUGACAUGGCCCGGAAUGCUUUCCAACACAUUAUGAACGGGGUCGGAUAUGGCCGUGUUGACUUUCGUAUAGACCCCAAAGGUGAUGUAUACUUUUUGGAAAUCAACCCAAACUGUGGGAUGUGGUACAGCGAGAAGGAUGGCGGUGACUUCGCGGACUUGAUGGUGGUGGGCGAUAAAUCAUGGGAUCACGACCGCUUUGUGGACAAUGCAGUGAACCGCGCAGUCCGUGAGCAGAAGGCAAGGCGGCCAUGGUACUUCAUCAGUCACGAUUCUCGUGGAAAUUUUUCGAGUAAAGCGAGCCGAACCGUACGGCCCGGCAAGGCGCUCUUCAGUGAUGCGGCCCACACUGUUCCCGUUAUUGCUCAGGCUGUAUAUAAACUUGGGGAAGAGGAUCCAGUGGUGGGGUGUGUGAUUUUACGUGGUGAUCGCCUUCAUCAGGCAGUUGCAAUUCGUCACUCUUGUGAACCCAAUAUGCAUUUCUUGCAGGGCCGGACGCUGACGCUUGUCUCUAAGCGGACAAUUAAUAGUGGUGAGGAGUUAACCGUGGAUUAUGCCACGUUAUGUGACGAACGUAUGCCGCCAUUUGCAUGCAGUUGUGGCACCCGCAACUGUCGGAGUGUUAUCUUUCCAUCACCACCAACACCUCGCGUGCUGGAGGGGCGAGGGGUGCGGCAAAUGUUACGAGAGAAAAAGGAAGCGUGGAAUAAACAAAAGGCGGAUCGUGAGGCGGAGCGCAUGUUGAAGAAGCGCUCGUCCAGUGGAAGAAACGGUGGACAAUCUUCGCAGCACGCCGGUGCGCACUCAACAGCUUCAAAUUCCUCCGCCUCGUCUGGGAGCAGUGCGCCUGGUGGUAGCGGUUCAUCAGUUAAUGCCAAUAACCACUCCGGCAGCGACAGUUCCACAAAAGGGCACGGGGGUAAAAAAUAA